AUGACCGACCUCAGCAUCUACGACCGUGCACUCGGCGCCGUCCUAGCCUCUGCGGCUGGUGACGCACUCGGGGCGCCCUACGAAAACGACCAUGGCAUGCAAGCCGCCCUAGCUGCGGGAGAACCUGUACGCUUCACCUCGUCCGAGCACUGGACAGAGGGUGAAUGGACAGACGACACGGCGAUGGCAAUCCCCCUACUGGAAGCGUGUGCUCGUGGACUCGACGUCGGAACCGAGGCUGGCCUCAACUUUGUUGGCGCCCGAUGGUUGGAGUGGGGCACGGUCGGCCCAGAAGCGGGCAAGGGGAUCGGGAGGCAGACGUUGGCCGUCUUCGACCACGUGGUCUCCGUCCAGCGCGCCGAACAGCAAGGCCGACAACAGCGGCCGCUGAGUGCGACCAUGGCGGAGCAGGCGGCCGUCGUCCAUGCCAAGCACGGGCGCAGCGCAGGUAAUGGGAGUCUGAUGCGAGUCGGGCCCCUUGCGAUCGGAUACCUCGGCGCAGGCGACGCCCCCCGACUCGCUAACGCUGCGAGGAAGCAAGCUCUGACCACGCAUUACGAAGCGGACGCCAGCGACGCGGCCGUGCUCUGGUCCCUGGCCAUCCGACACGCUAUCCUCACGGGCCAAACCGACCUCCGAGCCCAGCUGAUAUACCUCCCUCCAGACCGGAGAGAUCUGUGGGCUGCACGCAUCGAUGCGGGGGAGAAAGGCUCGUUCAACGACUUUUAUCGCCUGAAUAACUGGGUCGUCGCGGCGCUACAGUGUGCGUGGAUCGCCAUACGCGUCGGAAACGACGUGCGCACAACCCUCGUCGCGGCGGUCAUGGGGCUCGGCGAUACCGAUACCGUCGCUGCCAUUGCUGGAGCCCUCGCAGGAGCAAAGUAUGGCGCCAGUAGCGUGCCGCCCGAAUGGAGGGAGAAGCUCCAUGGGUGGCCGGGAUACACUGUCGCAGACCUGGAACGCCUCGUACAAGAAACGCUCAGGCGACAGUCGUGA